AUCAUUUUAUUGAUAGAAGAGAUGUCCUUUACUCGAUAACGUUAACAUCAAUAGAAAGUUUGUUUCUUAUUCAUAUUCGUAUUUAUAAAGUGAGUAAUUAUUCUAAACAAAUUACUGUGUGUAAUUUGGUCAUUUGUACAACAUGUGUGAUGGCGCGCCAUAUACCGCUCCCCCGUCCGCGACACCACAGUAGAUUAAACUUUGGAGGUUCAAACUUGGAAGCAUACAAAUAUCAGUCUCGAAAGGCAAGCGAAAGGGCGGAGAGCAAAGGAAGAAGACGAUGACAGUAUCAGCAGGGAUCGGCUACACCUUGAUAGCCUUGGGCCCUUCUCUCUCCCUUUUCAUCUCCGUCAUUGCUCACAAGCCCUUCUUGAUUCUCACUCUACUCUCCAGCACCCUGUUAUGGCUCAUUAGUUUGAUAUUGCUGUCCGCGUUAUGGAGGGGGUUUCUUCCACUGAAUUCAACCGUAUUGUGGCCUUAUGUAAUUCUUAUAUUGACUUCGGUCAUUUUUCAAGAAGUUCUACGGGUUCUUUUCUGGAAAGUCUACAGGAGGUUAGAAGAUAUGUUAGAUGCUUUUGCUGACAGAGUUUCAAAGCCGCGCCUAUAUUUGACAGAUAAGAUGCAGAUUGCUCUAGCUGGGGGUUUAGGUCAUGGCAUAUCUCAUGCUGUGUUUUUCUGUCUUAGCCUUUUAACUCCCUCAUUUGGUCCAGCGACGUACUUCGUUGAUAGAUGCUCCCAACUACCUUUCUUUCUUGUUUCAGCUAUCAUUGCUCUUGCAUUUGUUACAAUCCAUACUUUCUCUAUGGUCAUUGCAUUCAAUGGGUAUUCAGAAGGGAAGAAAGUGGACCAAUAUUUUGUUCCAGUCAUACAUCUUGCCGCAGGAAUGGUGACGCUUGUAAACUUUGCAUCCGGAGGUUGUGUGAUUGGUAUUCCUCUCCUAUACAUCAUGGCAAUUCUGACCUUGAUUCACUGUGGGAAAAUGGUUUGGAGAAGAUUGAUGGAAAACCGAAGUCGACAGGGUAAUCGAUAACAUCAUAAUUGGACUACUCUUCUGCAGUUAUAUUGCUAACUCAGCAUAUUGAAGGUAUCUUCAAGAGGUGUAUUCCCAGAGGCAUUAUCACCUUUGUUUGUUUGUCCACCAUUCCAAAAACGACAAACAAGACGAACACGAACAACUUUGUAGCCUAUGGAAAUGCCAUUAUGUUUGUUCGAACAAGAGUCCAGCAUUAACAUGAUAACACGUUUCUUAAAGUAUUGACUACGGUUUCUGUGUUGUCUUA